CACACACCACCCUUCAAUCCCAACCAUACACAUCGCGACUUCUGUGCUGAGAAUGUCGAGUCUAGGAGCCGUCUCGUUGCUUGUCGUUCUCGUUGCGUGCUUAAACGUUGACACAAUCUUUGCCUCGCAUUCAAAGCGAAGUGUUCUGGGAGCGCUCCGUAAUGCUCGGUGUUCCGGAGUUCGAUGUCGUGAUGGGUAUAGGUGUACGUUGAAGCUGGGUGCGACUCUGUGUUGUAGUAAGACUGACAGUAGUCAGUGUGAGAGCAGUACUGGUGGGAGAGCGGAUUCGGACGUCGGGAAAGACAAAGCUGGCGGAUGCUCGUUCGUACAGAACUCGUGUCCUGUUACCAUCAAAAGAGAAAACCUGUGCCGUUACAAUCCUUGCCUUGCCAAGGAGUACUGCACCAUUGUCGAUUCUGGGCAGAUUCGCUGUUGUACUCAAAGAGUCAUUCGAACCAGCAUUCCAUCUACUGGAUUUUCUAGAAACCGUUGUACACACCGCUGUCUCCUUCCUCCUCAAAAUCCGCCUUUUCCUCUAUCACCUUCAUGUCCAGGAGAUGGUUCAAAUCCCAGAGUGCAAGAUCCAGACACUACUGUAAGACCUAACACUACAAUUACAACUACAACUAAGACAACAAAACCAACUACUGCUGACUCUGUUAAUAACACCGAUGCUCCUGUUGCUAAGAAGAUCAAUGCUCCUGUUGUGACCGACGCUCCUGUUGUUGGAACAAACAAUCAAAGCGUAACAGUCAAUCAAUCCUGUGGUUGUUCAGCCCCUGCUCCAAAGAAUGGACGUGUGAAAUUCAGUUGCAAUGUGGUUGCGUACAGAUGUGAGGGUGGCUUUCGUUUGAAGGGCAAGAACAGUCUCAAGUGCGUAAACGGACAGCUUGAGGGGAAACCUCCAAGAUGCAAGAAAGCAAAGGUUGGUAAUGGUCGAUGCUUUACCAGCUUCGACAACUGCACAGCUUGCUUCCGUGGAAAGAAUGUGUGUAAACCCAAGAAACAGGUGACGUGUCCUAGUGGCAGUUACUGCAAGGCAGUCGGCUCAAAGAAGAUACCGAAAUGCUGCAGUAUGAGUGAAGAUUCAUUUGGAAGAUGUUCUGAGUCGUGCAUCAACUAGAUGCAGACAGACUUAACACAAAUGCAACUUGGACUGAUUUAUGGAAUUCUUUUAAUGAUGAAAAAAUACUAUGGGGGAAAACUAUCAGUGCUGUAGAGACUCUGCUGGUUAUAGGUCCAUCUCUAUAGCAUCUUUUGUUACGAUCUUGUCAGUCUAGGGAUGAUUUUCAUUAUGAUUUGUUGAGCAACCA